UCUAGGGAGGGCUAGGGUUUGGUCGAGGUCUACAGAGGUCUGUUUUAACUUCAUAGUUACUCUUGGUUGACCUUAUCUACUUUUAUCCAACCACAAGACUUACUACAUAGUCCAGCAAGUAGUAGUUCUAAAGAACAAGUUUUAAGGAUAUUUUACGCGUUAGGUGUACAAAAGACGUAACAUGAGAGUGUCGGCGAUCCUACGUCAGGGAACGAGUUUGCAAAAAUGGGUAUACAACAUGUCUGGAUUUAAUAAACUAGGUUUAAUGAGAGAUGAUAUUAUUCAUGAAUCGCCUGAAGUUGAAGAAGCAAUACGGCGACUGCCUAAGCAUGUAAGAGACGAACGUGUGUUUCGUAUCGUUCGGGCUUUACAAUUAGAUACUCAAAGGAAAAUUUUACCACCAGAACAGUGGACUAAACUGGAAGAGGAUGUAUUAUAUCUUACACCAUACCUUAAUGAAGUGAAGAAAGAGAUAGAAGAAAAAGAAAGAUGGGAAGCCAUGUGAAUUUCAAUGAUUAUUGGUCAGUGAAUUAACUUUAUCUGUAGUAUGCAUUCUAACAUUGGUAUGUACAUACGAUGCAGAAAAUA